AUGUCGACCAAGGGCGCGCUUAAAGCCGUACGAGCUGCUAUUGAUGCAAAGCAGUGGGAUGUUGCCGCCGAGAAGGCUCGCGACCUGCUGAAAGAUGAUGCGAAGAAUUACAAUGCAAACCUGUUCCUGGGCCUCGCAAGCGACAAAUUGCGCAAAGUGGAUGAGUCGGAAGCAGCAUAUCUAGCUGCAACUCGGAUCAAGCCUGAAGACCGCGCUGCUUGGCAGGGUUUGAUCGCUUUGUACGAGAAACAGGGCAGCCAGAAACUCGACGCCUACCACGAUGCGGUUCUCAAAUUCGGUCUGACACUUGUUGAUCGUGAUGAACCAGAACGUUGUCAAGAUGUGGUUAACAAUUACGCCAAGCUCGCUCGCAAGUCUGGCACCACAGCCCACCAGAAGAAGGCUCUGGAAUUACAACUUCCGACUUCUCCAUUGUACAGCUUCCUUGAGGGACGCCUUCUUCAUCCGUCCUUAACCUACCUCCGCUUGAUCGAGAUCACCGAACCGGAAGAAAAGGAAUACAUCAACCGUGAAAUCGGAGAGCGCAGAACCCGACUGGGAGCGCGGAUAGACCAAGUUACAAUGGAAGUUAAGAGGGAAGCGUUCAAGAGAAGCUCGCUGAAUGAACUCUAUGCCGGCCUGAUUCACUGGACGAACGAUGAUGCAGUUCGACGCCAGUACGAAGAAAAGCUCCUCCAACGAACAUACGAUGAACUCGAGGUUGCUCCUAUGAAAUCAAAGAGGACGAAACGGAAUGAGGUUAUCAAAGCAGCAGACGGAAUGGUUAUCAUCAAGCAUCCUUUUGAACUUGCGUGGAAGAUUGUGCUGGAGUGGAAGGAUAUUGACAACUAUUCGGAAUGGGAUGUAGGCGUUGUGCGAGAGUUCAUUGAAUUCUUUCCCGAGACGGGGCUCGCUAAAGUGUUGAAAGGCUUUCUAGCGAGUGAGCUCUCGCCUUUUCCCCAGGAAAAGACAGCAGAACAAGACCAAGAGGCGUCCGCUUCCAAGGACCCCGAAAGUCCGGAAGAAAGUGACAUGCCCGCUGAUAGGUUGAUCCUCAUGGUAGAAGGCCUUGAUUUGGCUCGUUCUUCAGUUAUUGCGCACCGGAUUAUGGCCGAUCUCUACCUGUCCAUGGGGGAGCAUCAGAGUGUGGUCGAGGUAGCUCGCAGGGGCCUGCUCAAUGUUAAAGAGCUUGGUUUCCUCACCACCAUGAACCUGACCAAGACAACUGAUGCUUUGAACAUCACACUCGCCAAUUCUUUGAUCCACUAUCAGUCUCCUCGACACCAUCCAGAGGCCAAAGCGAUUUUCGAGGGAGUCCUCGAGAGAAACCCAACUUCCACAAGCUGUCUCUUGGGUAUUGGACUUAUUUCAAAGGUCGACGAGGAUUUCCCAGAAGCUGUGGACUUCUUGCAGCGUGCCUUGUCGCGUGAUGCAUCGAACGUAUUGAUUCGCGGUGAACUUUCCUGGUGCAGGGCACUGACUGGUGACCUCGAGACGGGUCUUAAUGGCCUCCAGGACGCAUUAGAACGCCUCCAAGAGGAGAGAAUCCCAAACCAGGACUUCAAAGGCGAGCUUCUCUAUCGCAUCGGUUACUGCCAGUGGGAGCUAGACCCGUCCCCGGCUGCCAGAAAAGACCGCAACGGGGCAUACGCUAGCUUCCUUGCAUCUAUUAAAGCAAACAUGAACUUUGCCCCGGCAUACACGAGCCUAGGUUUCUUCUACGCCGACUAUAAGCGUGACAAGACUAGAGCACGUCGGUGUUUCCACAAAGCAUUUGAACUGUCGUCUUCAGAGAUUGAGGCAGGAGAAUGUCUUGCAAGAGGGUUCGCUGACCAAAAGGAAUGGGACCUUGUUGAAGCUAUUGCCCAGCGCGUAGUUGACUCAGGCCAUGCCAAACCGGCUCCUGGGUCAAAACGGAAGGGCUACAGUUGGCCAUAUGCCGCACUUGGUACAGUGCAGAUCAACAAGCAGCAAUACGCUAAGAGUAUCGUGUCAUUCCAAGCCGCUUUGCGAAUCGCACCUGGUGACUACCAUUCCUGGGUGGGUCUGGCGGAGAGCUAUCACCACUCUGGUCGAUAUGUCGCUGCGACCAAGGCUUUCGAACACGCGAAGGCAUUGGAAGACACACUGUCAAGCGAAGAAAGUGAGCAUAUCUGGUUUGCGAGAUACAUGUUGGCCAAUGUGAAACGCGAGCUUGGCGAGUACGACGCUGCCAUUACCAGCUAUGAGAAUAUUCUAAGCACAAGGCCCCAUGAUAUUGGCAACUCAAUUGCCUUACUUCAGACAUUAGCAGAGAGUUCGUGGAAGAGUCUGAACACGGGCUUGUUCAACACUGCCGCGGAACUUGCGGCGAAAACCAUUCACGUGGCUCACUCACUUGCAGAGGUUCGCAGUGAUAUUUUCAACUUGUGGAAAGCAGUAGGCGAUGCCUGUGCCAAUUUCUCUCACAUCAAAAAGAAAACAGAGAAAAUGCCUGUCUCUGCUUGCAAAGCUUUGUUGACUACUCAGCUUGAUCCUGCGGCGCUGGAUAUCAUGACUGAGCUUGAUGGAAUGGGCCAAGGAUGGCUCGAGUCUAGCGAGACCGAUGUUUCAUCAGACACUUGCAUCUACAUGGCCAUUCUUGCAUACAAACGCGCAAUCCAUGUUUCUGCCAAUGAUCAACAUGCCCAGGCUGUUGGAUGGUACAAUCUUGGUUGGGCUGAAUUUCGUGCAUACCGAAGUGUGAAGCCAGAGGCUGGAAACAACGGCAAGAGGCCCCGUAAGUUCCUCAAGACGGCAAUGCGGUGUUUCAAAAGAGCAAUUGAGCUUGAAGCCGGAAACUCAGAGUUUUGGAACUCGCUUGGUGUGGUCACGACAAGCUUGAGUCCCAAGGUUGCUCAGCAUGCGUUCAUCCGUAGCUUGCACUUGAACGACCGAAGCGCGCAAGUGUGGACCAAUCUGGGUGCGCUCUAUCUUCUACACAACGACAUUCAACUCGCGAAUGAGGCGUUCACUCGUGCCCAGUCUACUGAUCCGGACUACUCCCAAGCAUGGGUUGGCCAGGGAUUCCUCGCACUUCUCUACGGGGAUAAGAAGGAAGCACGUGGUCUCUUUGCACAUGCAUUUGACAUCUCUGGCUCGUCCGAUGUGCUUCCCAAGCGCCAAUACUCCUUGACUCUGUUCGACCAUCUUCUGUCGGACUCUUCUGCUUCCAACGAAGUGUCUCAAUUAAUCCAGCCGUUCUUUGCGCUUCAUCAACUUUGCAUCCAGGAUCCCUUUGAUCUGCCUUUCAUGCAUGUAUCUGCUCUGCUGGCUGAGAGAAUGGGCGAGGCAGCUGAUGCUGAGUCUAGCCUGGAAGUUGUUUGCGCAGGCAUGGAAGCUGAGUACGAUGAAUCGGAGUCUGUGUCCUCGUUGUCAAAGUUUGCGCAGGCCAAUGCAGAUUUCGCGCGCGUUCUUCUUGCACGCCACGAGUAUGUACAAGCGAUAGAGAAGGCUGAGACUGCGCUCUCACUCUCAGGCGAGGAAGAUGCCAAUCAGUUCGACUCUGAAGCUUGCACCAAGCUUCGCCUGUCAGCGCACUUGACUGCUGGUUUGGCGUACUACUUCACAAAGUCAAUGGAUAGCGCCAUCGAUAUGUUCCGUGAUGCUCUUCAGGAAGCUAACAACGCCCCUGAUGUCGUUUGUCUCCUUGCUCAAGUUCUUUGGGCAAAGGGUGGACAGGAAGAAAGAUCAGUUGCUCGCCAGCAGCUUUUCGACUGUAUUGAGAGCCACCCAGACCAUAUCGGCGCCAUCACCCUCCUCGGAGCCAUUGCUCUGAUGGAUGAGGACAAGGAUGUGAUUGAAGCAGUUGAGUCUGAUCUCCAUAGUAUGGUCACUCGCGAUGACAUCGAUAUCCAUGACCGAGCCAAGCUUCUGAAGCUUCUGGCUGCGAUUUCUGCGAAGGGAUUGAACGAGGAUGCUGUCCUUCCCGAAGACUUGCGACAGAUCAAAGAAGCUACCGGAGCCAUCAUGUUGUCCCCUGGCCAGCCACAAGGCUGGUUGGAGCUAUCUGCCGCGUCAACGUCUCCAUACCCCGCCGAAAUGGCCAUCAAUCGGGCUGUGCGUUGCGUGCCUCCUCAUGGCAAUCUCGACGCAACCGACCUUAGCCAAGCGUAUGCCGAGACUGGCAAGGCUGGGGAUGCUUUUAGAUCAAUCAUGGUUGCACCGUGGAAACGUGAUGGCUGGGAAGGUUUGGACUAUGCCUUGACUACUUCAGCCUGA